AUGGCGUUGCCCCCGGUCGUGAAGGCUUCGCUUCAGUCUACGCUGAUCAAUGCCGGGUCAAAUAUUCUGGCCCAGGGUAUCCAAGCACAUCAGAAUGAGACACCCUUUGAAUUAGACCGUCAGGCAUUGUGGCUAUUUACCACGUGUGCCUUCCUGAUGUCACCCUUUACCUUUUUGUGGCUUGAAGGCCUGGAGGCAGCAUUUCCCGGCUCAUACGAGGACCCCAGAUCCAAGCCAGAAAACGGGAAGGAGAAAAACGCCAGAUCGAAAUUCAACGUGAAAAAUAUCGUGGCCAAGGUUGUGAUUGACCAGACAGUUGGUGGCGCCUGGAACACAUUCCUUCUGAUUUCCAUCAUGGGGUUCCUGCGCGGACAGGACUAUGAGAGCAUCAUGGGACACGUGCGAAAUGAGUUCUGGCCCCUGCUGUUCGCCGGGAUGAAACUCUGGAGUUUUGUUUCGAUCUUCAACUUCACGUUGGUGCCUGCGGAUAAGCGAAUGCUGUCUGGAAGCCUUUUUAGCGUGGUCUGGGCCAUCUACCUAAGUUUACGAUCUGGGUAG